AGAUUGUCAACAAAACUUUCUCGUACAGCGAAAGGAGCAGUUCGUAGCUCUGUUUAAAUACGGAUCUUUGCGUGCAUCGAGCCGAGGUCAUACAAUAAUUGAGCAUGUUGCGCAAACAGCUUAAUUUACGCCAUUAUCUACCUCCAUAUCGCGCAUUGGCAACAUCGUUACCAUGGAGACAAACCGGCACAAUACCGGUCGAUGAGCAACCAGCGGCCGAGCAAGCGAUGGAUGAGUUUACGCGGGAGUUUAUGCGGAAUCGCAUCAAAGUGAGCGAUCUUCAGCGAUUCAUCUUGAGCACCGGAAGUUCGAUCGCUGCUUUGGUAGACCCACGAAGGCAUGAUAUGAUCGCGUGCUUGGGGGAAACGACAGGCCGCGAAGCUUUGGAACGAAUAAAACGUUCGAUGGAAAGCAGCGAAGAAGGAAGAGAGAUUCUGGCAGAAAAACCGCGCAUUAACACUCGCACCAUCAACAUGGAACAGCUAAAACAACUUCCGGAAAAUUCUUUCGGCCAUUCAUAUGUGGCGUUCAUGGAAAAGAAUAACAUCACCCCUGAUUCACGGAUGGAAGUACGUUUUAUCGAAGAUCCCGAGCUUGCUUAUGUUAUGACGCGAUAUCGCGAAACACACGAUAUGGUUCACGCAAUCCUAGAUAUGCCCACCAACAUGUUGGGUGAGGUUUCGGUCAAAUGGGUGGAAGCAAUCAACACGGGCCUUCCGAUGUGCUACGGAGGAGCCAUUUUUGGUGCAUUUCGCUUGCGUCCCAAACAACGGCAAAACUAUCUGCAUACAUACUUACCGUGGGCGCUAAAAACAGGAGCACGCAUCAAACCAUUGAUGACAGUUUUCUGGGAAAAACGAUGGGAACAGGAUAUAACCGAGUUGCGAAAGGAACUGGGAAUUGAACUAGUAACCAGGCACUAAGUAGAGAUGAGUAGCCAAUGUUGAACCAACUCAUGUUUUGUUUUCCUACGUGAUAAAGAGAUGAUAGUCAAUACACGUUAAUGCACCGCUGAAA